AUGGUGUUCUUUGUAGACCUCGAUGAGGAAGGCGAACCGCCGCAGACCUCGCAUCACUAUGGCCGCGACGCCGAUUGGAAUGUGGACAGGGCGAAGGAGCAGCAACGACAAGAGCAACUGGCCCUCGCGAACGGCGCCACCGCAGCCCCGGACGGCAAUGACCUGGGGGGACAACAGCAGGCCGCCGACGAACAUGACCGCGAGCGCGAGAAUCCGAAUCUGAAUGGAAUGACGGAGGCUCUCGGACGCUAUCCGAUCGUCAUGGCGAUCGCCUCGUCGCUCGACCUCAACACCCUCGACAACCUAUCGCGGACCUGCCGCCAGGUGCGGGAGAGCUUGUUGCAGCAUCGCUCGCCUCUCGUCACCCAUACCCUGCACUGCGCCAACGAGGACGUCCCCAUCGACCCGGGCGACACCUUCCGCUACCGCGCCCGCGCGGGCAAUUGGUUCUACAUGGAGGAUGGCCGCACGGGGGACUAUAGCGGAAAGAGCGGGAGCUGCGCGCGCGAUAUGGUGGCCGAGUGCCGUCGGUGCGCGAGAGUCGUGUGUCGGAAUUGCGCCAUCAAGCCGCCGGCCCCGGCCGUAUUCCGCGACCGACACCGCCGGUUAUGCAUCCCGUGCACAAAAGCGCUGCUUGGAACCCUCGCCAAACCACCCCUGCGGCCCGAUACGCACGUCGAUGCCGCGGUGAUGCGGCGUGCGGUGUGUACUUGCGCUAGCGAGGGCGUAUGGCUCUGUCAGCCGUGCGGGAGAAGUAUGAGGGGUGCGGACCAGGACUACAAAUCGAUUUGGAAGUGGCGCAACCAAUACGGCGAGGUCCUCGGCGGUCUGGGCACAGGCAUCGGCGAGGGCGACCGCGGCGUCAUCUGUGGGCGCGAAGAGGCAUGCUGCGGCGCCAAAGGCCGCGAGCAGGAAACCGACUGCGACGCGGCGGAUGCACGGAACAACACGUCGACGACGACGUCCUCACCGUGGUCCAGCCCGCCCCUGUCGCUCGCCGGGUCGCCGCCGCAGGCAGCGCACCAUUCCUCCUCCCAUUCGUCCCUGGUGGCGGCAGAGCGGCGGACGCCGAGCCCCCAACUGCGGCCGGGAUACGCGCGCCACGAGAUCGAGGGGAUAGGCGGGGUGGUCAAAACCAAACUGGUGCGCAUGAUGCGCGUGGGCGCGUGCGUGCCUGAGUGGGAGGACGAAAAGAAUAAGGGGGAGAUCCUGGGACGGGAGGUCUCGGGCCGGAGUCGCAGUUGGUGUGGGUGGUGCUGGCGAGUGAUUCCGGGGAUGAAUGACUUGGAAGCAAAGGGGAAGACUUCUAGUUGA